UUUCAGCGCAGCGAUGUCACGACUGGACAUUCUCGUCAACAAACGCGGGCGUCAUGUGUCCGAGAACGUUCACAGAAGACUCGCUGGACAUGGUAUUCGGGGUGAACUACGUCGGACCGUUUUACCUCACCAAGCUGCUGACCCCGCUGCUGAAACGGUCAAGCCCCAGCCGCGUGGUCAACGUAGCGUCUGGAGGUUACAGCUCAGGGAGACUGAAUUUAGAGGAUCUGAACGGAGACAGGAAGAAGGCGUCUAGCUACGACAUGUGGCAGACGUACUGCGACUCGAAGCUAGCCGUGCUGCUGUGGACCCGCGAGAUGGCCAAACGCAACGUGCCCAACAUACGCUGCUUCGCCGCACAUCCAGGUACGGUGCGCACUAACAUCAUGCGACACUGGACAGGUAUGUCCGGCCUCUUCCUCAACACCGUCUCGUCGUUGUUCUUCCGCUCGCCGGAAGGUGGCGCGCAAACGAUAAUCGACUGCGCAGUGCGGCACGACGUCGACCAGCACUCGGGCCGAUACUUCGAGGACUGCGAGAUGACGGAGGUGACGGACGCCGCCGCAGACGCGCAGUUCGCCAUGCGGCUGUGGGCGAAGACGGAGAGUCUCGUCAACUCACGGCUCGCCGGCACGAGGGGAGGGGCCGGCUCGUAACCACGGACGCCGGCAUGCUAGGGAGAAGGGUGUGCUGUAUGAUAGGGGGAAGGGUGGCAUCUCUACUAGCGCUACCCGUGUGGCACAGUCGCUCCCGCUACACGUCUCUCUGGGGAGCGGCUGCACGGGUAGAGCUUCAGCUAUACUGAGCGAGGCACAGGCUCUACUCUAGAAUACGUGUAGCCUGCAUGAUAAGGGAAGAGAAAUCUCUAUAUUUGGGGAGGGGCAGGUUGUAUAAUGGAGUAAUGAACAGACUCUAUACUAGGAAAAGAGCAGUCUCUAUAUUAGGAGAAGCGAAAGCUCUAUAGUAGGGAAAGAGCAGUCUCUAUGCUAAGCGAAACGAAAUCUAUACUAAAGCCCGAAGGCAUGGUCACACUCCAUGCUAGGGGAAGGAAAGACUCUAUACUAGGAGAAUAGUUCUAUACUGGAAGAAAGACAGCUUCUCGGUUCAACUGAGGGGAGGCACAGCGUCUGUACUAAGGAAAUAACAUACUCGAUCAGAGUAGGAUCAUUAACGUUACCACUAAGCAUAUCGUUUUACUGCCGAGCUGAAGUAAAACCCUUGCCUGGUGGUAACGGCAACCUGCCUAACUAAGUUAAUGCAUAGACCACAGCACCUGCUGCACGAGGUGCACUCAUACAAGCCUUAUACACAAGCUGCUAUAAUGGCUGCUGCCGCGUACCAAGGAGGAACCCAAAGUAGCUACGUCGCGUCCAUUCGAUUUGUUAAUGUACCACUGAUUACAUAUUUUAAUUCAUUGAAUUUUGCAAGAUCAACAGCCUUAACGCAAGAAUACAGCUUCAUAUCAGAGCAUGUAUGUUACUCACUCCUUCUUGCUAAUGCUGGAAUCACACAGUCACACAUCAGCCUAUCAUUGGCAUAAAUAGAUACAUAAAUAAAUAUCAUAUAUAUAUAUAUAUAUGUAGACGAGAUAGUAACAAGUUGUAUGUCGUGUAUCACAUUAGCGAUGCUAUGUUACUACAAAACCAGUUAUCACUGCUACAUGGCAAUGUUCGAGUUAGACCGACUUGUUUUGUUUGUUAAACUUUACAUAAUGUUAUUACCAUAAAUAAGCUGUAGGUAGUACACAAUUAUAUAGGCUGCAUAAUAGUGUCAGCAGCUAUAAAUAGAGGCAGACUUCACAUUAAUGUAACAUAGCAAUAGCUUUUAUGCAUUCACUUGCACAGCAAAUAUAGUUUGUUAUUAAUUAGAGUAUUUUUUAUAAAACUAUAUACUGAACAGAAA